AUGGCAAGCUCCUCGUCUAAGCGGCACAAGAGGAGGGCUACCUCCCCUAUCGACACAGAGAGUCUUGUCGACGAGUUGAUCGCUCACCACCCCAAGCGGCAGCGAUACUCGGCAAAGGCACCUGCUCCGAAGGGCCCGAAGGCAUCGUUCAAGACUGCUCGACUUGAGACGAAUGCUGGUCUCAAACAGAAAGGGAAGGGUGUCGCCAAGAGCUCUGGCUCGUCCAAGGCAAAGGCUCAGCUGCCAGCUUCAGGAUCUGCGACUGCUGGUCAAAAGGCUUUGUCUUCGUCAUCAGCAAAGUCAGUUGCAAAGCCCUACCCCAUUGGCCGAGUCUUGUUGCUGCCACAUGGGUUAAAUAACGAGGGCGAGAUUCGCAUCAACAAGCUCUCUGCGAGCGACAUGAAGAUGUUCAAACGAUGUGGACUUGCUAAGUCAGGUGCUCCAGAUGGUGGCGAACUCUUCAUCAAGCCCAACACCGACUGGUUUGAUGUGGACGACCUCCUUAAGUCUUUGUUCCCUGCUUACUACGACUGGCUGAAAGCAGAGGGGACCUAUGAGGAGACGACGCACCACUGGAAACUGGUUGAGAAGACUGGUCGGAGGCUGGCAGUCGUGUUCCUUGACGACAUGAAGCCCCUCAGCUUUGUCGACCUCUGCACUGCUGUUCACAAUCGCAAUGGCAGUUGGAUUGAGCGAACCUGGUGCUUUGUGACACCUCGGCCAGUACCGACCAAGGUCUGGAAGUCGUGGUGUCGCCCUCAGGAUGUUGCUCCCAAUGUCCCUGUGGUGGAAGAUGGCAACGAGGAGGAAGCCAAGGCCAGUGCGACCAGUGAGCCUGAGAGUGAAGGUAGCGAUGCUGGGUCAGAGUUGGGUAGUGAUGCUGGGUCAGAGUUGGGUAGCGAUGCUGGGUCAGAGUUGGGUGACGACGACAAUACUGCAACAGAAUCAGCUAGCGAGUGGGGUGAUGACGAACCAUUGUCUCAGCUAAAGAGUAGUCGUAAGCUCAAGAGAGCUGUCGAUAACAUGGAGAGCAGUUUCUCGAGCUUCACCCUGAAAGAGCCAAGGGCAUCGACGUCGGCUGCUGGCUCUGGAGUCGCUUCGGGCUCAACUAGCUCAGCUGCGACUGGGACAUUGCAGGGCCCAAUCGAGAUCAGCUCGUCCGACGAGGAUCCAGGUAAUACCUUGGGCGAGCCCCCAUUCACACAGCAAAGUCCAUCACCUGUGCAAGCAACUCGGAUCACUCGCUCUGCAACAGCAACUCAGCCACAAGUACUCAUCACUCGGGAUGUGAUUGCUGGCGACCCUUGGGCUUAG